AUGGCCGAUCAAGAAACUCCCUCUACUCCCACUACCGACUCCAAGCCAAAGCGUGCCCCUCCCAAACUAGGCAAGAAGUCUCCAGCCAAACAAGAACAAACCCCUCCUCCCUCCGAAGAAGGCCAGGAGCAGGAAAAAGAAGACGACAAGCCCCAAGAAGAAUCUAAACCCGAAGAGUCCGAGUCCGCCCCCAAACAACAAGAGCCAGACUCAGACCAAGAACAAGAACAAGAACAAGAACCAGAACAAGAAGCGCCUAAAGAACCUGAGCCAGAACCUGAGGCCAAGCCCGAACGUCGUCGUCGCCGCAAACCCCGUCCCCAAGAAUCAGACGUCGAGUCAAUCCCGCGCGAAAUGGAUGAUGAAAAGCCCCAGCGUCGCGUCCGCCGCCAGCGCCAGCCCAGACAGCAACAGCAACAAGACAACGGUCCCCUCGGCGGCCUACCGGGCGUCGGCGGAGUAGACCAAGCAGGCCAGCUCGUGCAGAACACAGCCGGGAAUGCCUUGAACGGCGUGACGGGCAGUGCGGGCAAGGCGGUCGGCGGGAUCCUAGGGGGUGGCGACAAGAAAGAAGAAGACGAUGGUGGCCGGGAUGAACAGCUUCGUUUGCGGCUGGACCUUAAUCUGGAUAUUGAGGUUCAGCUGAAGGCGAAGAUUCACGGCGAUUUGACGAUUGGCUUGCUUAAUUAA